GACUGACUCAACCUGGUACAACAUACACCAAACGUACUCAACGUAUGUGCUUUCCGCGUCUGGUAAAGCAGAAUACCGUGAAUUUUCUUAGGCUGCAGCUUCGCAGAGGGGAAUGGACCGUAUAAUGAUCGCAUGAGUUCCGGAAGUCGCGAGUUGUACAUUGUUGCUGGAUCGUAAAGUCUCAGCUGCUCCACACCUCGUUUACAACCAUGCAUCAUACAAAAGGCUCUCGCUCAGUGGUAUCAACGCGAAGUACCUACGAGCGCUGGCGUUCCUUCCGAGCGCGGGGCGCAACCGACGUCAAAACACACUUACCCCAUCUGUUGGGAUCAGCCGCCGCGUGGUUUAGCGGUCACGGCAGGGGCAAAGCACGCAACAUAUACGACCUUCCCUACGAAAUUGUAAAAGAAAUAUCCAGAUACCUAGACGAUGUCGACACUACCUGUUUCGCAUUCUCCUGCACAAAGUCCUACCAAAUCCUUGGCCAAUCUGUCGCCUCGUCGCCUUCUCCAAAAACGGCGAGCCAAGACAUGAUGUCUCUUCGAAAAAGGCUUCUCAGAGACGAUUACUAUCGAAAACGCACCAGGGCAACCCUUCACUCUAUACUAUCCAACGUCUGGUGCGCCAGCUGCGCAUGUGUUCAUGAUCGUUCCGCCUUCCCCGAAACAACAAUCUCAGAACCCCCAUGGCAACGUGUAUGCUACGCGACAAUCGACGGACCUUUCCAAGCUUGUCAGCAUGGUUCUUUCCGAUUUCGAGAGUUACGGGAUCUGAUCAACGCAGAGGACAAGCUGCAUCUUCAAACUCCUGAAUGUUACGAGGUGUAUUUCCGCUGCGUGCAAUGCUGUGCGAAACUUUGGUGGAUCUUUCCGAGUCCCGAGGUGAUCUUGACAGUCGAAAAACGACUCGUUAAUAUUCCCGAUCACCGCAAUGUACUUGUCUCCGAGAUACGCGACGCAUGCACCAGGAUCGAUCUUCCGAUUUGUCCACACAUGACUAGCUCGGAUCCUGCUUUCAUAGAGCGACUAACGCGAGGCCGAUUGCGCAUGCCAGUGCAAUGUGAAGCUUGCAAUACCACAGUGGAUGUGGGUCCCAGACGUUCGUAUACCAGUAGGGGACACACAGAAUUGGACAUAUGCAUCACUAGGAGGCUCGGCUGUCUGAAAAAAGAGAGUGACCCAGUUUGGCGUGCACAUUUAGAACGUAUAGAAGACUAGGUUCCGUGUCUUGAGUACUUUGAAGAGCAUUGAAUCAGUUGUAGCCUACAAUGACAAACGUUCUUGAUGAUCUAUAUACAAUGGAACUAACCAGGCUUCUGAUCUAGAAAGUGGAAACGAACCCUCCUCUUGCCAUUUCAGUAAGUCGCAGGCAGGAUGCUCAAACGCCCACCAUCAGUAAG